AUGGAACAGGGUACUUCAAGCAAAACAAUAAGUUAAUUAUCAGUCACGUUAAUUAAAUUUUUUAAAACCUAUCUACGUUACGUAAGUCGUGCGUGAUAUGCUGUGGCAAGCCCAUUUGAAAAUAUGUGAAGUAAUCUGGCAACGUAGUUAAAUGUCAAUUCUGGAAAUUCACGAAAAAUCGUAUCAAUUGGUUUUAACUAUUAACAAAUUUAAAAAGUAAUAAACUAGCAACAGUAAUGGAUAAAGACGACGACUUGGGCGAGGGUAUUGGACCAUUGCGAAUGUCCUUAAGAGAACGCCCACGAAAACUCCAUGCUGAACGGAAACUACGAGAGAAACAUGAUGAAUACAAAUAUUUGGACGACAUUGAUGACAAAAAUCGGGAUAAACGAAAACUGAAACGUAAAAAUGAUGUACCUUCAAAAUCCAAAACGAUUUAUGAUGAACAUGGUGUUAUUCGUCACAAUGGUUUAAGUUUAUGCGAUUGUAUGACUGCUAACUGUCCAGGAUGUUGGUUUCCGUGUGAAAACUGCAGAUCUACAAAGUGCGGUAUUCAAUGUCGUGUUAACAGACGUUUUUAUUAUGAUUCCAUUACUUUUGAUGGUAAAGAUGGAACUAUUAAGAAUCCUUUUUGUUAAAAUGAUGAACUCGAAAUUUAAAGACUUUAAACUGCAUGAUAAAUAUUUAUAAUAAAUAUACAAAUUGUGUUAAUAGUUUCUAUAAACUUAA